CAAGGGAGGCUGCCCUUGAGGUCUUGGCUAAAGAAAUAUGGUCAAGGUCUUGACAUGAACAGAAGUGGCUGAUACAAGAUUGUCACAGAUCCUGGUUGAGAAUACGGAGAGUUGUUUCUGGCAAGAUACUAAGGCAGUUGAGGUGGCUGGUGUGAGCUUUUAGGGGGUAAUAAGCAGGAAGAUUUGAGAGGUUGUGGCUGUAGCGAGACAGUUGAGAAGAUAUAAGAAUGAGGGUAGCAGGGCAACUGUGAAGAAGAUGUGGUCCCCGACUGAAGACCCCUCUCCAUACAGAGUAUAGACCCAUUAGUGGUGAGGCUUGUAGGGUUCUUUGAGGAGGGAAACCAAAGACAAAGCCUGGGCCGCCUCCCCAGAACAGAUCGGUUUUCCUGUCCAGGGUCCAGCUUCCUCUUUUGUCCUCAUGUCAUGGGGGGAGGGCAUCUCCCCAGGAGCUGAGCCUAGAGGAGGCUCUCCUCGGCUAGUUCAGGGUGGCUGUCUGUCCAGUAAUGUCAGUUCUAAAUCAUGGGUGCCCCGGCAUGGGCUAGGCAUGAGGCCCUGGAAGCAAAACGGGCUCAGACGCCAACCUGGCCCCUUUGGCCCAUUUCCUGAAGGGAUAAACCAUGGUAGGGUCAUCCUGAAUGAGGUCAGAGAGAUGGGCCCAUUCCCAGGCUGGAGAUCAGGAGACCCAGGUCCUUGUCCUGGAUUUGCUCGCAACCCUCUGUAUAACCCUAGUCAGCUUUGUCUCUUGUGGCUCAGCUUCAAGAUUAAGAAGUUGCCUAUCAAUAGUUCCAAAGAGUAUACAGAAUACUGAUGGCUCUGACUCUCUUUCCCUCAAGAGGCUCCUCAUAGCUGUGCCCCUGACUCUGGACCCAGCCUUGAACAGGUCUAAGUAUCUGUCUGGGACAAGUACUGUGGCCCCUUUCCCCAAAGCACAAGAGAAGAGGGCAGAGAGUGUCAAGGAUUUUGCCAGGGCUCAGCAAUGUGGGGGGGUACCCGGUGCCCUGCUCCAGCUCUGCCCCAACUGACAGUGGAAAAUAGAUGCCGGAGUUUCCUCCCUGAUGUUUUUUUCCCUUGUGGAAACCCCCUCAGAUCUGGGGCGGGGUUCAAGGGACUGGGCAGCCCUGGGUCUCUCUGUGGGUGUUUUCAGGUGGGGGAGGCAGGAUUGGGAGGAUGGCACUUCUGUACAGCCUCGUGCGAAGUGAGCAAAGGCAAAGGAAGUGCCACUUCACGGGCCUUUCAUGGGGCCCCAGGACUACUGAGCUGCUGUUAGGUGGGGAGGAGGAAGGCAGAAGGAAGCAAGUGUUGGGCCUUCCUCUGUGCUGCCUGGUGGGGGAGGGGCAGCCUCCUUAGCUCCCCCAGCCAGAGCUGCCCUAACCCUGGGACUUACUGUGUGUGGAGCAUCCCAGGUGCUGGGACACUGAGAGAAGGAAGGGAACUGGGACUGAGUGAAAGGGUCCCAGCCUCCCACAGCCCUCCCAGCUAUAGCUGUCUUGUUUCCUCCUCCUCUCCAGUCCCUAGUGGGUAAAGUCAACUCACUCCGUCUCUUACCCUAUCCAUGGAGUGCAGGAUCCUCUGCAGGGGCUGAAGGGUGGAGAAUGGCAAGAGGUGGAGAAUUCUCCAGUGUGAAUUUUUUUUUAAGGCUGGGAACUAGGCUGUCUUGGGUUCUGCCCCUGCUAAUGAGAGAAGGGGAAGAAAAAGAGAGACUCAGCCCUUGGCCUGGUCCCAGCCCCACGCUGACCUCAUGUCUCCCCCAGCCUCCUCCUCCUAGCCCAGCUGCAGCCCCUUUGAGCCUCUUCGUACCAUCUCUCCUCCACUCCUCCCUUCAAAACAAACAGACAGACUGGCAGAGCUUCUGAAGCUGUUUCUAACACUAACCAUGACCAUGACCCUGACCCUGACCCUGGCCUCGUCCUUGACCAAUCCUGGUCUUCAGAUAUCCCCAGUCCUUAGCCUCAUCAGGACCACUUUUCCUACGCAUCUUCCUCAUCACCACUGGGCUAGAGCUAUGCCUGCUCCACCCCUCUCACCCUUCCAGUUGAGGACAAGACAAUCUAGCCAAUGUGUUCAUUACUCUGAAUUGUACUCCUCAGGGGGAGGAAGUUAGUUACCUUUGUCUGAUGUCUCCUGGGCAUGGAGGCUCUUCCUUGUUCCCAGAGUCAAAAUCUGAAUUGAUGAGGGAGGAGAUGUGUGUCAGUCUGCAGCUUUUGCUCAGCUCUCUGCUGGGCUUCUGGAAGUAAGCAGGACAGAUUUCCCUCCUCAUGAGGCAUCCUGUUAAGUUCAGCACAGUGAACCAUAAUAACAGUGCUGGGGAAGGUAGGGCAGAAGAAGGGGUGGCUGUGGUGUCCUGGAGAAGCUGGGGAAUGGAGCUGGGCCCUAAAGGACUGGGAGGCUGUGGGGUAGGGUGAGGGGGUGGGGGCAGGAAGCAGAAUUCCAGGAAGAGGAGCUCCCAUGUGCAAAGACAUGAAGGACAGAUUGUGUUCAUUCAGCUUUUUACUGACAGCCACUGUGUGCUGUGCUCAGCCUGGGGAGACAGAUCAGCCGGGACCUUGCCCUCUAGGUCCUCCCAGUCUAGUGACAAGAGAUAAGAUUCAGAUCAGCUUCCACGUGACUAAGAUAAUGCACUUGUGAGAAAAUGGGACCAGACCAUGGAUGGGAUAAGUCAUUUGUGACUUGGGUGAUUUACAAAACUUCCCUGAAGGAGGUGGCAAUGAUGCUUGGCUCUGGAGGACCAAUUGGGGGAUCCUUUGAGGCAACUGGAGUCUUCUGGGCUGCUGGGUGGGGGGUUGAAGGAUGGAAAUGGAGGAGAAAUACUGGAUUCCCACCGGGACAGUGAAUAUGGCUGCUUGAUGUGUUUUGGGAAAGAGAAUGUAGAGGCUGCUUGUAGAGAGGAUCAGGGUGAUGUGGCCAGAGCUUAGGAUCAGAAUACCCAGAGUGAUAGAUUACAGUCAGAAUGAGUUUCAGCGAGGGCUGCAAAAGGGGAUCCCCCGUGUCAGGGAGGCAGAUUAGAAGGCUGUAGUAAGUUCCUAUUGCCUCCACACUCCCCCAUCUCUUCGGGCCUAUUCCUCCCCUCCUCCACUCCCAGUUGGGACACUUCCCCUGCUAUUAUGGCCACAGAGAUCUGGCAAUCAGGAGAUCUGGCAAUCAGGCAAUCCACUGCUUCCUUUUCCUCCCCCAUUCUGGGCCUGCCUGGGCCACACCCAAGACCAGGCCCCACUGGGUACAAGCUGGGCUCUGGGGACUACACUCAGGGUGAGCCCCAUGGGCUGUGCUCCCUGCGGGAGCCAGGUCCAGCUGCUACUGGGAGGAAAGAUUUUCCUAUCCCAGUCAAAGCUUUUGGCUGCUAUUGCUGUCCAAAAAGAUUCAGCAUUGCAGUUUUGACUGGGGGGGUAUCAGCCCAGUUCUGAGCUUCUGACCUGUCUAUCCAGAUCUCAGUAACACAGACAGAAGCAAGCAGGUCAGAAGUUCUAUACUUAGCUUUUCUGUAGGGGAGUCGAGAAGCUCAAGCUUCAGUAUUGCUUGGGGUUGGGGGGGCAUCCACAAGCUAAGGAACUUAUGUAUGACUACUGGAGAAGGAGAGUCACACAGAGCCAAAGAAGGAUUUAAAGGGUGGCCAUACUGUGGAAGUUCAAAGAAAGGAGAAUUCAGUAGCCUCGUGGGACCAUGAGACUUAAGCUAGGCUUUGAGUCAGGAAGAUUUGAGAGGGGAGAAGGAAUGGCAGCAGAGAGAACAACAAGAGUAAAAGUUCAGAGGCCAGAAUGAUCCUGGCUUGUUUACACAGGACAAUAUAGACCCCUCUGGAGCAGGGAACUCACAUUGCCGAGUACCUGCUUUAUAUAUAUACAUUGUGCAUUAACUCACUUCAUCCGUUUAACAACCUUAUAAGGUUGGUACUAUUACCUAGCUCAUCGUGGCAGAACUAGGAUUUAAACCCAGGUCUAUCUGACUCCAAAACCCCUGCCAGAUUAUGAAGAAUUCUGAAUGCCAAGAUGAAGGACCAGGCAUGAUCUGAAUUAAGCUGGGAAUCGAAAGCCAGAACAAGUCAUUGUAAUAUGGUUAAUACUAUACCAAUCUGCAAAUAUUAUUUAUUUACUAAACAAAAGUUCUUUUCUUUAAAAAAAAAAAAAAAAAGUGACUUGGUGAAUAAGCCACAGUCGAUCCCCAACCCCAGGCAAGCCACUCUCCUUGUGUGGCCUCCUGCAGCGUUGACCGUCCCUUUUUCCUGCGUGGUACAGGCUAGACCCUACCUUUUAGCAUGUGCCCUCCUUAAAUGAGCUGUGGGAACUUACUUGACCCAGUUCAGGCCAUAGGAUUUCAGAGAAAAGAGUUGUCCUGGGAGAGAGGAUAAGGGUCUGAACUAGACCUGAAGAGGGAGAAUUGGGCUGCCGCCACCACUCAGACACCUGCGUACUCAAUGAUUCCUGCCUCUUGGUCACUGCAUCCAGAGGGGCCCGGAAGGGGAAGGAGGCAUAGCCUCCACCACAGCAGCUGCACCCGCCAUGCAGAGCAUCAAGUGUGUGGUGGUAGGCGAUGGGGCUGUGGGCAAGACGUGCCUGCUCAUCUGCUACACAACCAACGCCUUUCCCAAGGAGUACAUCCCCACAGUGUUCGACAAUUAUAGCGCCCAGAGUGCCGUUGACGGGCGCACAGUGAACCUGAACCUGUGGGACACAGCGGGCCAGGAGGAGUACGACCGCCUCCGCACACUCUCCUACCCUCAGACCAACGUGUUUGUCAUCUGUUUCUCCAUUGCCAGUCCGCCCUCCUAUGAGAAUGUGCGGCACAAGUGGCAUCCAGAGGUGUGCCACCACUGCCCCGACGUGCCCAUCCUCCUGGUGGGCACCAAGAAGGACCUGAGAGCCCAGCCUGACACCCUACGGCGCCUGAAGGAGCAGGGCCAGGCACCCAUCACACCGCAGCAGGGCCAGGCGCUGGCCAAGCAGAUCCAUGCUGUGCGCUACCUCGAGUGCUCAGCCCUGCAGCAGGACGGCGUCAAGGAAGUGUUUGCUGAGGCUGUCCGGGCCGUGCUCAACCCCACGCCCGUCAAACGUGGGCGGUCCUGCAUCCUCUUGUGACCCUGGCACUCAGCUUGGAGGCUGCCCCUGCCCCGCCACCAGUUGUGCCUUUGUGCCUUGGCGCCUUGUCUGCCCCCAGCUGUGCCUUAAGGACUAAUUCUGGCACCCCUUGCCAAGGGGGCUCCCUGAAUGCCUUUUUCUCCUUGAGGAGGCCCACGGAGAAAGGGGCUUUGGGCCCUGCCCCACUCUGCUUGGGAACACCAGGUAUGCUCAAGAGCUCACCCAGGCCAAGGCCGGACCCCUCCCCAAGAAGCCAACCCAGUGCCUCCUCCCCACUUUCCCCUACUGACCAGUUGAUCCAGCUUUCCACACAGAUGUUGCUGCCUAUUGUGGUGCCUUCUCUCAGGUUAGGAGCUCUCAGCCAUCCCUAACCUCUCCCUCGCUGCUCUUCAAAUUGCCCCCCACCCCCCAAGAUGCUCUCUCCCCUCCCCAGAGAAGGAGCCACAGACUCCUAAGAAGAUGAAUGUGCCCUAACCUACCCCCAUGUGCCCAGGCUGUACGCAUCCGCUGACUGACUCAGCCCCACCCCCACCCCCUCUGGGCUCCUGGGGGCCCCUCCUACCCCCAUCAGCAUCAAUAAAACCUCCUGUCUCCAGUG